ACCAAUACCGCCUUCUUUAUAUUUCAAAUCCAUUUCCUAAACCUCCAUCUGCCUCCUCCAAUGGCGAACCUCCACAAAUCCAAGUCCGAUUACGACGAUCUCCGCCGCCAUCGCCGCUGCUGUUGCUGCAAACGGCAUCCCAAGCACCGCCAAUCUCCCGGCGUUUGCUCCCUCUGUUUGACAGAAAAGCUCUCGCAAAUCCUCUCCGCGACUACUUCAUCGCGUAAAAUCUCCGAUUCUCUUUCUUCUUCUUCCUCCGAUUCCUCUUCUUAUUACUCCUCUGUUUCCUCUUGUUCUUCCUGUUCUUCGCCGAAUCGGCCUUACGAUAAGGCUACGGCGUCUUCGAUCUAUAAGAAGAGUAGAUCGAUGGCGUUUGCGUCGCGAUUUAGACGAGGAACAGAUAGCGAUAGUGGAAAGAAGAGUCACCUAGGGUUUUGGUCGAGGUUUCUGAAUCGGCCGAGACGGAAGAGAAUGGAAUUGGAGGAGGCUUUGAUGCACUCCAGAACAAGCGCCGUGGUGCAGGGGAACGUGCAUGGCUGAUGAACAGAAUCGCCUCUCGCAACGCGAAUCGUGAUUUCUUCAUCAGUUUUUUCUUUCUGUUCCGAAACAAUUGAAUCGUUAGGGUUUGAGAAGAUUUUGUUUGAUUAAACAUGUAAAUAAUCCAUACGAAUUAGCGAAGAAAUUGGCUUCGAUUC